AUGCUGCAGUGCGUCUUCCUCCUCUCCGAUUCCGGGGAGGUGAUGGUGGAGAAGCAGAUGACGGCGCACCGCGUGGACCGCGCCAUCUGCGGCUGGUUCUGGGAGUACGUUCUCGCCCACGCCGCCGGCGACCCGUCCAAGGUCUUGCAGGUUGUGGUGUCCCCAACACACUACUUGUUUCAAGUAUAUCGCAGUGGGGUGACGUUCUUGGCGUGCACCCAAGUGGAGAUGCCCCCCUUGAUGGCUAUCGAGUUUCUCUCUCGCGUGGCUGAUGUCUUGACAGAUUACCUUGGAGAUAUAAAUGAAGACACAAUCAAAGACAACUUCGUAAUUGUUUAUCAGAUUCUAGAUGAAAUGAUGGACAAUGGCUUUCCACUAACUACUGAGCCAAACAUCUUGAAAGAGUUGGUUGCCCAACCAAAUAUGGUCAGCAAAAUGUUGAAUGUUAUGACUGGUAAGAGUUCUACUAUCGGUAGCAAACUUCCAGAUGCAACUGCUUCUUUUGUACCUUGGAGAACAACAAUUGUCAAGGAUGCAAGCAAUGAAGUCUAUGUUAACAUAGUUGAGGAACUAGAUGCAUGUGUGAACAGGGAAGGGGUUCUAGUGAAAUGUGAGGCAUGUGGUGAAAUUGAAGUGAAUUCAAGUCUUCCAGGGUUACCAGAGUUGACAUUGUCAUUUGCAAAUCCUACAAUUAUCAAUGAUGUGAGGUUCCACCCUUGUGUCCGAUUUAGACCCUGGGAAGCCAAUCAGAUCCUAUCAUUUGUUCCUCCUGAUGGGCAGUUCAAGCUUAUGAGUUAUAGGGUUAAGAAAUUGAAGACCACACCAAUUUACGUGAAACCACAAUUAUCAUCUGAUUCUGGGAAUUGCCGUGUUCAUGUGAUGGUGGGGAUUCGGAAUGAUCCUGGGAAACCUAUUGAUUCUAUAAUAGUGCAGUUUCAGUUGCCUCCCCUUAUUGCUUCUGCUGAUUUGACGGCAAACCACGGCACAGUCGACAUCCUUGCUGAUCAGACCUGUGUGUGGACAAUUGGGCAUAUUCCGAAAGACAAAGCACCAUCCCUCUCUGGAAAUCUACGUCUCGAGGAAGGACUCGCUCAUCUGCAUGCAUUUCCAAUAUUUCAGGUGAAAUUCAGGAUUAUGGGGGCUGCGCUGUCUGGGCUUCAAAUUGAUAAACUGGACGUGAAAAAUACACCAAGCGCACCAUACAAAGGUUUUCGAGCCCAAACUCAGGCUGGAAGGUAUGAGGUCAGGUCCUAG